AUGGGGAGGAGAACUGUAGGUAAACAAUACAGUUCUCCUUCUUGUCAGCUCGUGCACACUGCUUUGGACGGCUGUGCACAGAGAGAAAUACACAGCAGCUUGUCUCUCUAGUAAAACACACACACAGCACACAUGUUGUAAAACACAGUACAGCACACAGUUAACCCUUUGAUUGCCCCAGAUGUUAAUUCCUUCUUGCCCAGUGUUCCUAGUACAGUGUCAGUGCUUUAUAUUAGCACUGAUCACAAUAUUAGUGUCACUGGGGAUGUCAGUGGCAGUUUGUCAGUUCCCCCCCAGUGUCCGAAUGCCCACUACAAGCCCACAGUCCCUCUAUGAGUUGCUGAAUGCCGCCAUGAUUAUUAGUAUAAAAAAA